UAAGUCAUUGUCAAGUGCGAAAUUCAAAUUGUUUAUAAAAUUUUCACAUUUUAAUAUUUAUUUCGUUCCAAAUUAUUAAAAAAUAAUACUUAUACCCAAUCAAUUGAAUUUCGUCUUAACACACGCAAUUUUUAAUAAGUGAUAAACGUAAAAUACAUAUUUUAUUUUGUAUUAUAACCUUGUAAACCAGUCAAAUUGAAAUAUAAUUUAGAAGGACCUGCUUACACAUUCCAAAUUCCGAACAUAAAUUUUAAUAAUGGUAUUAGCUCAUAAUAUAGUUGAAGUACAGAGAACUGAGGAUAUUCAAAUAUGUCAAGAUACAACAUUCGAUACCAUGAUGUUAUCUCCGAAUAUAUUAACCGGAUUACAAGCAUCUGGAUUUAUAAAACCUUCUCCAAUACAACUUUUAGGUAUUCCGUUGGGAAAGUUAGGUUUCGAUUUGUUGCUGGAAGCCAAAUCAGGAACUGGUAAAACCGUUGUUUUCUCAACUAUUGCAUUAGAAAAACUUAAUUUAAACAAAGGUUUACAGGUUAUAAUAUUAACUCCAACAAGGGAAAUAGCUGUACAGAUAAGUGAUGUUCUUAAACAGAUAGGAUCAAAAUGUGCAGGUCUUGCUGUUGAAGUUGUUAUAGGAGGACUACCAUAUCUGGAAGAUGUGGACAAAAUGAAACAAAAUGUUCAUAUACUGGUUGGAACCCCUGGGCGCUUGAAAUAUUUAAUUCAGGACAAGCAUAUACAAACAAGUGCUAUUCGUCUCUUUAUAUUAGAUGAAGCUGAUAAAUUAAUGGAGCCAAGCUUCCAAGCCGAUAUUAAAUACAUAUAUUCUGCUUUACCAAAACAAAAACAAGUCAUAAUGAGUAGUGCAACUUAUCCUGAAAAUGUUAUGAAUGUCAUAAAUGAAUUGGUACAAGAUGCACAACAUGUCUGUCCAAAUAGUAGCAACGUUUUACUUGGUGUUAGCCAUAAAGUUACUUAUGUUGCAAGUAAUAGCAACAGUGUUAGACAAACAGAGAUAAGAUUUACAGAACUUACGAAAAUUCUAACUGAAACACAAUUUAAACAAUGUGUAAUAUUUUGCAAAUACCAAGCCAGAGUAUCCCAACUCCAUAAAAUGUUAACUAAAGCCAAAUGGCCUUCUGAACUAGUGUAUGGCAAACAAGAUCAAACUGUAAGGUUGGAUGCUCUCAAAACAUUACAGGAAUAUAAAUGUAGAAUUUUAAUAUCAACUGAUUUAGUUUCUAGAGGUAUAGAUGCAAAAAAUGUUGAUUUAGUUAUAAAUUUUGAACCCCCUGAUAGCUAUGAGACAUAUUUACAUAGAAUUGGAAGAUCAGGACGGUAUGGGUCUAUUGGCAUGGCUAUUUCCAUAGUAAGUGAAGGAUUGGAGAGAAAAAACUUUCAUGCUAUGCUUGAACCAAUAAUUCAUUCCCUUCAUUUAGAAAACUUUUGGACUGGUGAACAUUUUGACCAUUGUAAAAACAAAAAUCUUGACAUGAAAAUAAGUGACCAAUUUCAUAAUGUUGGUACUAAUCUUGAAGAAAACUAUGAUUUUGAAAAUUUAUGGAAAUUCAUAAUAGGUCAUGGAAAAGAAUCAGAUAAAAUAGAAAGCUUUGAAGAUUUGUGCCACUCUUAUAAACAGAUAGUUGAUGACGGUGACAAAAUUGAAUCUUUCUCAGAUUUACUACAAAGCUAUCAAAAUAUUAGUGAUGAUAUCAAUAAGGAACAGACUAUAGUAUACCAACAAAUUAAUUUUGAUAAUAUUGUCUGUAGCAACUAUAUAAAUAUCAUAAGGAGUCUUAAAGAAAAAUUUGAAACAAAAUAUACUACAAAUGAAACCAAUGGAAUCAAAAGUAAUGGUGAAUCUUGUAGAAGUUUGCAUCAUAAGAACAUUAAUAAUGCCUGGAAAGGAAAUUUAGUUCAUAAAAUGAUUGAUGAGAAUAGUAAUUCUAUCAAUAUCAAAUCAGAAAGAGAUGAAGGAGUCCUAUCUAAUAAUAAUAACAUAAUAUCCAAAACAGAAAAUUAUAUAGAUUCCAAUGAAUUUAUUUCACAACUUCCCAAAUCAUUCCAAAAACCUACAUCCAAAAUCGAAUAUAAAAAGAAAAAUAAUAGAAUGAAUCAAAAUGAACUGACAAAAAAAGAAACACCCCAUACUAACGAAAAGGUGAAAACUGAAAAUAAAUUAAAGUCAUUAAAAAAUCAAGCAAAUACAAUUAGUACCAACUCUCAAAUAACUUCAGAUCAUACAUUCAUGUCUGCUCCAAGACAUCAUGAAGAUCUUCAGUUACAUAUUGGUGAGAAAGAAAUUAAAGAUAAUUUAAAUGUUAAGUCUUCCAUUGAUUAUAAUAAGACAUCAUAUUUAUAUAAUAGACAAAGUUCUAAUGAUAAUCACGAAAUAAGUAGAGAAACCUCUUAUUACCAAUGGUAUAAUAAAUUAAAAAGUAAUGUAAAACAGAUUGAGCAGUUUUUAUACAUAAGAGAAAUGAGUAAAUCGUAAUGUGGAGUUACAAACAACUUUACAGCACUCAGCAUGUUUUACACUGUGAUAACAGGAUAAAUGAAUCUAGGACAAAAUUAAUAAAAAUAAAACGUCAGUAUUUAA